GGCUCCAAGCCCCCUUUCUAGCCGCCUUUCCAGAGCGACGGCGCUGCCCCGAGGAGGAGGAGCAGGAGGAGGAUUUGGCGAGCGCCCCCUCCCUCCCUCCCUGCCUGCCUGCCUCCCUGCCUGCCAAGCGCGGCGCACACGGAGCAUGGAGCCUGCGUGAGCCACUCCGCGGGCAGCUGCUGCUGCGGCACAACAUGGAGGCGGCGGUGCCGCCGCCGCGGCUGCUGCUCCCGCUCCUGCUGGCCGCCUUGGUGCUUCGAUGCAACUUGGUCUCUGUCGGGGCUUCUCCUCUGUUGCUUUUUGCUAACAGACGAGAUGUCAGACUGGUGGAUGCUGGAGGAGUGGAGUCUACUAUCGUUGUCAGUGGGUUAGAGGAUGCUGCUGCCGUCGACUUCCUGUUCUCACAAGGUGUCAUUUAUUGGACAGAUGUGAGCGAAGAGGCCAUCAAACAGACAUAUUUUAACCAAAGUGGUAAUGUGGUACAGAAUGUCAUUGUUUCAGGUCUGGUUUCCCCUGAUGGACUGGCAUGUGACUGGAUUGGGAAAAAAUUGUACUGGACAGAUUCUGAAACCAACAGGAUAGAAGUUGCUAAUCUCAAUGGAACAUCUAGAAAAGUUCUCUUUUGGAAAGACCUUGACCAGCCCCGAGCAAUAGCCCUGGAUCCAGCUAAUGGAUACAUGUAUUGGACAGACUGGGGCGAGACUCCGAGAAUAGAACGUGCUGGAAUGGACAGCAGUGCUCGUAAAAUAAUAGUGGAUUCUGACAUUUACUGGCCUAAUGGGCUGACCAUAGACCUUGAGGAACAGAAGCUUUACUGGGCUGAUGCAAAACUGAGUUUCAUUCAUAGAGCAAAUCUGGAUGGCUCCUUCAGGCAAAAGGUUGUGGAAGGUAGUUUGACUCACCCGUUUGCACUGACAUUGGCUGGGGAUACCCUCUAUUGGACAGAUUGGCAGACUCGUUCUAUUCAUGCCUGCAACAAAAGGACUGGAGAAAAAAGAAGGGAAAUACUGAGCUCACUCUACUCCCCAAUGGACAUCCAGGUUUUGAGUCCAGAGCGUCAACCAUAUUUUCAUACACCAUGUGAAGAUAACAAUGGUGGCUGUUCCCACUUGUGCCUGUUGUCCCCAAGAGACCCCUUUUACAGCUGUAACUGUCCCACUGGAGUCCAACUGGAAGAAGAUGGCAGGACUUGCAAAGCAGGUGCUGAAGAAGUGCUUUUGCUUGCCAGAAGAACAGAUUUACGAAGGAUUUCAUUGGACAUGCCAGACUUUACUGAUAUCAUUCUGCAGAUUGACAAUAUUAGGCAUGCUAUUGCAAUAGACUAUGAUCCUGUUGAAGGUUAUAUAUACUGGACUGAUGAUGAUGUCAGAGCUAUUCGUCGGGCUUUCCUUGAUGGAUCUGGAGCCCAAACACUUGUCACAACUGAAGUAAAUCACCCUGAUGGAAUAGCCGUGGACUGGGUGGCUAGAAACUUGUACUGGACUGAUACUGGAACAGAUCGCAUUGAGGUUACACGGCUGAAUGGGACUUCAAGAAAGAUCUUAAUAUCUGAAAAUCUAGAUGAACCAAGAGCAAUAGUACUUAAUCCAGUGAUGGGCUACAUGUAUUGGACAGACUGGGGAGAAAAUCCAAAGAUUGAAUGUGCUUAUCUGGAUGGCUCUGAGAGGAAGGUCUUGGUGAACACUUCUCUGGGGUGGCCUAAUGGUUUGGCACUGGAUCUUGAAGAAAACAAACUAUAUUGGGGAGAUGCAAAAACUGACAAAAUUGAGGUAAUAAACAUGGAUGGUACCAUGAGAAAAACUCUUAUAGAAGAUAAGCUUCCACAUAUAUUUGGGUUUACUUUACUUGGGGACUACAUCUAUUGGACAGACUGGCAAAGGCGAAGCAUUGAAAGAGUUCAUAAAAUUCGAGCAAGUAGAGACAUAAUCAUCGAUCAGUUGCCAGACUUGAUGGGUCUUAAAGCAGCAAGUGUCACCAAAGCAGUUGGAACAAAUUCAUGUGCUCAGAACAAUGGAGGUUGCAGCCACCUGUGUUUCUUCACACCUCAGGAAUGCAGAUGUGCCUGCCCCAUUGGAUUGGAGCUACUUAGUGAUAUGAAGACUUGCAUCAUUCCAGAAGCCUUCCUUGUCUUCACCAGCAGAGCAGCCAUUCAUAGGAUUUCUCUUGAAACAAACAAUAACGACGUAGCUAUUCCUCUUACUGGUGUCAAAGAAGCUUCUGCUCUUGAUUUUGAUGUGUCUGACAACAGAAUCUAUUGGACAGACAUUAGUUUAAAGACCAUAAGCCGAGCUUUCAUGAAUGGAAGUGCUGUUGAGCAUGUGAUUGAAUUUGGAUUGGAUUACCCUGAAGGAAUGGCAGUAGACUGGAUGGGGAAAAACCUUUAUUGGGCAGAUACUGGGACUAAUAGAAUUGAAGUGGCACGCCUGGAUGGUUUGUACCGGCAAGUUCUUGUAUGGAAAGAUUUAGACAACCCAAGAUCUUUGGCCCUUGACCCAUCUAAAGGGUACAUGUACUGGACAGAAUGGGGAGGCAAACCAAAGAUUGUUCGGGCUUAUAUGGAUGGGACAAACAGUAUCACUCUAGUGGAUAAAGUUGGACGUGCCAAUGAUCUCACUAUUGAUUAUGAAGAUGAAAGACUCUAUUGGACUGACCUGGACACAAGCAUGAUUGAAUCCUCAAAUAUGUUAGGUACAGAACGGGAAAUAAUAGCAGAUGAUCUACCUCAUCCUUUUGGGCUAACUCAGUACAGUGACUUCAUCUACUGGACAGAUUGGAACCUUCACAGUAUAGAAAGAGCAGACAAGACAAAUGGGAGGAACCGUACACUAAUUCAGGGGCGCUUAGAUUUUGUGAUGGACAUACUGGUCUUUCAUUCUUCACGUCAGGAUGGCUUGAAUGACUGCAUGCAAAACAAUGGGCACUGUGGUCAGUUGUGCCUGGCCAUACCAAAUGGAUAUAGAUGUGGAUGUGCAUCUCAUUAUACCUUGGAACCCAACUGCCAGAACUGCAGUUCACCCAGCAGUUUCUUACUGUUCAGUCAAAAGUCUGCAAUUAGUCGAAUGAUACCAGAUGACCAGCAGAGCCCAGAUAUCAUCCUUCCCAUUCAUGGUUUAAGAAAUGUCAAGGCUAUCGAUUAUGAUCCCUUGGAUAAAUUGAUCUAUUGGGUAGAUGGACGUCAGAAUAUUAUUAAAAGAGCCAAAGAUGAUGGCACUCAGCCUUUUACAGUCAUGAGUACUCCCAACCAAAGCCAAAAUCCAGAGAAGCAGCCACACGACCUGAGUAUUGAUAUUUACAGCCAUACUUUGUACUGGACCUGUGAAGCCACAAAUACAAUCAAUGUCCACCGACUUAAUGGGGAACAGAUUGGAGUGGUGCUGCGGGGAGACCAUGAUAAACCAAGAGCUAUCAUUGUAAAUGCUGAGCGAGGAUAUAUGUAUUUCACCAAUAUGCAAGAACGAGCCCCAAAGAUUGAGCGUGCAGCCUUGGAUGGCACAGAACGAGAGGUGCUCUUCACUACUGGCUUGCUCCGACCGGUUGCUCUAAUGAUUGACAACAAGCUUGGGAAACUCUUUUGGGUAGAUGCAGAUCUCAAACGAAUUGAAAGCUGUGAUUUAUCAGGAGCUAACCGUGUGACACUACAGGACUCCAACAUUCUUCAGCCAAUGGGGUUGACAGUGUUGGGAAAUCAUCUGUACUGGAUUGACCGUCAACAGCAGAUGAUAGAAAGAGUUGAGAAAACCAAUGGAUACAGGAGGACCAGAAUACAAGGACGAAUUGCUCAUCUAACAGGCAUCCAUGCGGUGGAGGACAUUGACAUGGAGGAAUUCUCUGCACACCCAUGUUCUCGAGAUAAUGGUGGAUGUUCACACAUCUGUAUAGCAAAGGGAGAUGGAACUCCAAGGUGUUCUUGCCCAGAUCACUUGGUACUUCUGCAGAACCUCUUAACAUGUGGAGAACCUCCAACAUGCUCUCCAGAUCAGUUCACAUGUGCAACUGGGGAGAUAGACUGCAUCCCUAUGGCAUGGCGAUGCGAUGGAUUCUCUGAAUGUGAUGAUCGGAGUGAUGAGGAUAACUGUCCAAUAUGCUCAACAGCCCAGUUUCAAUGUGAGAAAGGGCAGUGUAUUGAUGCUCGGUUAAGAUGUAAUGGAGAAAUAGAUUGCCAGGAUAAAUCCGACGAAGCAGACUGCGACACAGUUUGUCUCCCAAAUCAGUUUCGAUGUGCCAGUGGCCAGUGUAUUCUCACAAAACAGCAAUGUGACUCAUUUCCAGAUUGCAUUGAUGGCUCUGAUGAACUUACAUGUGCAAAAAGUAAAUCCUCUUCAGAUGAAUCUCAACCUCACAGUAGUGCCAUUGGACCUGUCAUUGGUAUCAUUCUGUCGCUAUUUGUCAUGGGAGGAAUGUACUUUGUUUGCCAGCGUGUGGUAUGUCAGCGCUAUGCUGGACCAAAUGGACCCUUCCCACAUGAAUAUGUCAGCGGUACACCUCACGUCCCUUUAAAUUUUAUUGCUCCAGGAAGUUCUCAACACGGCACUUUCACAGGUAUCUCAUGUGGAAAAUCUAUGAUUAGCUCCAUGAGCCUCAUGGGAGGAAGCAGUGGUGCCCCUCUUUAUGACAGAAACCAUGUAACUGGGGCAUCCUCCAGUAGUUCAUCCAGCACCAAAGCCACUUUCUAUCCACAGAUUCUGAACCCACCACCUUCACCAGCAACUGAUCGCUCCCUGUACAACACAGAAGUGUUCUACUCGUCAAACAUUCCUUCAACAACAAGAUCUUACAGGCCGUAUCUUAUUAGGGGCAUAGCGCCACCAACCACCCCAUGCAGCACAGAUGUUUGUGACAGUGACUACACCACAAGCAGAUGGAAAGCCAAUAAAUACUACAUAGAUCUCAAUUCAGACUCAGAUCCUUAUCCCCCUCCGCCUACUCCCCGCAGCCAGUACAUGUCAGCUGAAGAGAGCUGCCCACCAUCACCUGCCACAGAGCGGAGUUACUUUCACCUCUAUCCCCCUCCACCAUCUCCUUGUACAGACUCUUCAUGAUUUCAGCUGAAGGAACUGUUUUUAUGUAAAUAUAUUUUAAAUAUGGACAAAGAUUUUUUAAAGUAUAUAUAUUUUAUGAUCAAAAAAUGGGGUGGGAACUUAACAAAUGUGAAUAAAAAUGGGUGGGUCUGGACUGUGAAAAUUGUACAAUGGAAGAAUAUUUAUAAAUCUGUUUUUAACUUAAUAUCCGUUCUUUUGUGCCAUAUUUGCCUGUGCAUCGAAGUCACAAAAUUAAAUUGACCUCCAAAGGAGGUGGGGAUGGGGAAUAUAAUACUUGGAGCUUUUUGAAGUCAUGAUUUUAAUCACUAAAGGGAAAUGUGCUGGUUUCACUGUUGUGGGUUUGGGGAGGAUUUUUUGAUUUUGGUUUUUAAAGUUACAAAAAAGGAUAGUAGAAAAACUGUGUGAAUGAAUGACGGAGUUUGUUUGAAACACACAUAUGGGAAAUUUGAAAAAAAAUCCUGUUAUCUGAUUUGAUCAUAGCUAAUUAACCACAACAAUGCACUUUCCUUUUGGAAUGCAGAAUGCAAAAAAGGGCCCCUUCUAUUUUUAUUCCACCAUUCACAAUCUAGAGGAACCUGUUAACUAAAAAAGUGGAAUUUUGAAUCUUGCACGCAGUUUCUUCACCACAAACCACUUCUGUUGAGAUAAAAUAUACAUACAUGUAAACACAUUUGUGUUUAGCAAGCUCUUGUCAGAUUUCUGGGAACCCCAAGGUAACUGUAAUUGAAACAGCAGGGGAUAUUUUUGUUCAUUGUUUAUUAACAUUAUAAUUCCAUGUAGUGGUUGUCGUGAGAUAUGUGGCUGUGAAUUGAGUAGUAGAAAUAGAAAGGAAAAACCACUACCAGUUAUCUUGCUGUUUUGGAAGAUCACAACUUUAUGUAUAGUCUGUUGUCUGAGGCAGUCCCCCCCCCUACCGCCCCGCCCCCCCCCCCCCCGGUUGUUUUUGGCCCAUGGAAUCUUGAUAUGAAAGUUCCACAUUUUACAUUUUUGUUUGCAAAACUGCAAAUAAACGACUGCACCAUGUAGUCAAUCAUGUAUUUUUCUAAUUAUUUGAUUUUUAAAAGGUGUCCCUGAAUAUUCAGGGUACAGAUUUAUGUCAAUAUUUACAAAUCCAAGAAUUGCAAGAGUUACCUCAGGAGAGGUCCUCUUCCUUUCAACCCUGACAUAGAUCAAAUCUUUCUUCUAAAAUAGUACCUCUUCUGACAUGCACAUGCAUAAUUUAACAAGAAAACCCCCCUACCACCCUUGCUUUUUAUUUGGAAUUGUUUCUACAUGUAGCUUUAUAAGACUUCACUAAUCAAGCCUUAGCAAAAAUGCUUGUAGUGCUCAGGAUUGCAAUGCAAAUGUUUGGAGUUUUCAGCCUAAAAUGGAAAAAAAUAGACCAAUUUAAAACCCUAUUUCAAGAACUCCAAAGACCUCAAUAACUUUUAAUAAUUCAAGAAGACUAUUGGCACUAGACUAGCUACUAUAGAUGAAUUGACUUUGGCUUAAACUAAUUUUAGAGCAGUCUGUAGAAUAUUAGGCCUGUCAAAUCUGUUCUGUGUAUGAUUCUAGUAGAAUGUCCCUACAAAUACUGGCUUGGCACUGUACUUUGUGGUAGUAUUGAGCAGGGGGUUGGACUAUGUGGCCUUUGGCCCCUUCCAACUCUAUGAUUCUAUCUGUUGGUAUCUUUGAUCCUGAACUGUUGGAAUCUUCCAUAGAUGUUGGUAUCUUAGCUGUUGGAAUAUUUCAUUCUAAGUUAUUCUAAGGUGGCAUGCUCCAUCUUAAAAAUGAAUUUUUACUCUCCAACGUUAGGCUGCUGUAAACCAAGGUUCCUUGGUCACAACCCUUUCCCUAAGCUUCACAUGUACUCUUGAAGCAUAUGUGGACUUCUUGGGGGUGGGGGUGGGCUUUCCCUAUCAUUUCCCAUGUACAGAAUUGUCCAUUGCUUGAAAAGAGAAAUACACUAGCUGUCCCACACACUGCAAUCAGAACAUCGAAUUAAGACAGAUAGCUUCAGGAAUGUGUUGAAAAUACUUAUUUCAUGGGUGUUUGGAGGAAAAGACAAUGACACUUUUUUGUAAUAACACCCUGUACUUCUGCUUUGAGUGUUCAGUCAAUGGUUUGUACAGAGUGGGUGGAAUCCAAGUAGUCUAAGAGCUAAAAUGUGAACAAGUAAUAAAAGAUGACUGGAAAAGAAAAAAGAACCAACAAUAAUCUGUUUUCACAGCUGCAGAACAGCACGUGCAACAGGCUUUUGCCAGCCUUAAGAACACUGACAAGGAUGAAAAAUGUUCCUUUUUGAACUUGUAGCUGGAUUUUUAGGAAAUAUUUUUGGCAGAGCAAGAUGUGAAAUUUUUCCAAACCCUGGCCAGUAUUUCCUAUCUUAUUGACAGGAUAGAGUCAGAUUUCUGAUGUUGUCUUACCACUUCUUUCUUCUUCCUCAAAUCUGCUCUUCCUAGCCAUUUGGACCUUAGGAUUUAGGAGGUGCUGUUUAGACCUGUGGGAUUUUUCUUUUCUAGCAUCUUGAGAAAUUAGAGUUAUAAUCCUGUUCUUUGCUUCCCAUGCUAGGCUUCAAUUUAGGGGACAGAAACUUGCAAUAAUUGUUACAUGUCGAUCUGUACGCCCAUGAAUCCUGCAAAAUUAAAUUUCCUCUAAGCUUCAGGCUGCAGAGGAUGUAGUUUUACUACUUGCUUCUGUCAGAGAAGUUGCUCACAUUAAAACUUCUGCUUGGUUAAGGUCAGAGUCAUAAUGGAAUGUUAGCUUCUUCCAAUCCAAUCCAAUCCAAAAACCUUCAUUAGGCAUAAAAAGUUAGCUUCUUAAGUGGCUUUCAGUCCAUCUUCCAAUUUAAUGAUGUAAACUGGUGGUGUGAGAAGGCAGUGACAUAUAGUCCUGCCAUAUAGUUUCAUGCCUAAUCUAAUGUUAAGUAAAACCAACAUAAAUUACAGUUGAUAGAUUUUCAUCCAGUUGUUUGACAUAAGUGUGUUGUGCGUAAUGGCAUUUGUAAAGAGAUUGCUGCUGGUUACAGAUCUUGGUUAUAUGUGCAUGUUAAUUUACUAUGUGCUUCACAAGCUGUAUGAAUCAUUAACAGAUAAUGAUUUCCAUAAAUGCCAAGCUCCUUAAAAGAAAACUACAGACUUUCACCUACUUCGUUUGACAAGUCCAUUCUGAAGGAAUUUAACAGAAAUAUUUUACAUUCCUGACUUAUUUUGAGUUGAGGAAAACUCCCUUUUGAUUUCAAGAAUGCUUUGAGUGUUUGCAGAAUCAUUGCUAAUAAAGGUUCUGAAAAUGCUAUUUUCAGAGAAUCAACAUCAAUAGUUAAUUGAGAAGUAGAUACACCAUUUUAAUCACUGGAGGCCAUCAAACCCUUCCCAGACUUUUGUUUUCAUUAUGACUCUGUAGUAUGUACAUGGAAGUUUGUUUCCACUACAUGGCAAUGUGUCAUUAUAAAGGCUGCUCUUCUAUGAGUUCCUACAAUCCUCUUUAAAGUAAUUUUAAGAAUUAUUUACUCUGAAGUAUGUGAAAAUUGCACAUUAUGAUGUUGCUAGCUUCUCUUCAUGAAAAUGUAAUGUCUUGGAUUCCGCUCCAUGAGGCAAGACAUUUGAGCAUAUGCAGCUGCUUUGGACUGAGUCAGAGCAGUAGUCCACCUGGCCACUUUGUUUUGCUUGACAACAACUCUCCAAGGUUAUCAGGUGGACCCUGAUUUAAAUACUUUUAAAAUGUUAAGGUGGAGGUUCUUGAAACUGGCAUAAUGAAUGUUCAUGGGACUGCCUUAUAAAAUGAAUAACUUGUUCGAGGGAGCCACCACGCUGUUGCAUUUUCAAAAUGGUUAUCAUGCCACUCAUAGUGUUCAUUCUGUGGUAUUGGAAUAUCCUUUGGCCAUGAAUUCCAUGAGAAUUCACAUAUGUAAUGUGUGAAGAAAUACCCCCUCUUGUUUUCUUUUUAACAUGCAGUUGGUCAAUUUACUUGGGAGUGCACAGGUCUAGUGUUUUGAGAGCAAAUAUCCCUCUGCUUUAUAAGCUUAAUUAAAGAUUCCAACCAUUGGGGUGGAUCCAAACACCUUUUAGGCCAGUGAAGAGGAGAAGAAGGAGUCCCCUUUGGCCAUCUCAAAAGAUUCUGCUGGGGAUCAUAGGACCUGCAUGGAUAAUAAAAGUCAUGUGGGACAGGGAUUGCAGUAAAGACAAUAGGGUAAGAUUAAGCUACAAUGCUGGUUGAAUCCAACAUUCAGUAAGAGGGCCAGUAAAUAUGUCUAGCAAAUUAAACAGCUCAGAUGUGUUAGGUUCACAAUCCUAAAUUUGUGGGUUUUUUCAUUUAUACAGAAGGUAGAACACUAAAAUUAGAAUUAAAAAUUUCCUUUGACAUCACAGUAAGUCCAACCUAUAACUUAAAAACCUGCACUAGUCUAAUCCUGAAAGGCAAUGAGGUUGGAAGCCUUGGUACACAAAAAUGCCCUUUCGAAGAGAAGAAAUAGUCCUAAGCUCAGUUUACCAAAAGUCUUGCAUUAGAAAAUAACUUAAAAAUAAAGCACCUUUACACAAGGAGUCAUGUCCCCUGUGGUUAACUCUGUGUGUGUGUGUGCGUGCGUGUGCAUGUGCGCAUAAUGCACAGCUGCAUGUAUGAUGGAAAGAAGAGUAUAAUUACAGGUUUAACUUGUAAAAUAUUUGUGGAAAAUAUAUUUUGUAAACAAUGUAACUGAAGUAUUUGCAGUUAGAAACAGCAGUUGUUGAUUUAUUAAAUAGAAAACCUAUUGGCCUGAAACAAAAUGAAGCAGGAAUUGGGCUUCCACAAUUGGGACCUGGAGAUUCUCAUUUUACCUUGUAGACCUGCCACUCAAGUAUGAGACAAAGCAUCCAGCCACUGUUCUUGUUCUCUGUAUGCUCCCCAGCCAGCUUUGCAGGUUAGAAAGGUAAAAGGGCGUAUCUGGGUUGCAACCUGGAAGCCUCAAGAAUAACUUCUUAAAAUGACAUGUAGAGUUUUGCUGUUACACCUGCAAUUCAGAGGGCAUUUUAAAUAGACAUGAAACCCAGGCUGAUUCUUCUCUAAAUAUUUUGCAAUUGCUGCUGAUGUAAAUGUAAAUAAAUGUAUACAAAUAUUGUCAAGAAUUGUUAUAAUAGACUUACACACCAAUCUUUUUUAUAUUUAUAUUGUAAAAUGUAUUUUGCAAACAACCUAAAUAUUUUACCUUCAUGUUUGUAUCCUUUUUGUAGACACACCCUGUUAUACACAGAAGAAGAAAAAGUGCCUUUGGUAUUUUUAAACAGCCUAAUAUACCUUAGUUGGGCAAAUGAUAACAUAGCCUUGAACAGGCAACAUCUCUGUUGUCUAAUUUUUUCACCAAAUGUGUGACAAAAAUGUAUUGAUGUGUUCAGUUCAUUUCACGAAAAAUAUUCUCAGAUGAUGAAAUUUAGCUUGCUUGUAUGCCUUUAUUGCAGCAUAUCUGCAAUAUUAACGUUAGAGCAUUAAUGUGAUGGAAUCAACUUAGUAUGGAGGAAUUACUCAGAACUGAAACAAUUCUAAGGGAGCUUCCGCUCAAUCAAAACAUUCAUCCCCUUUUGCAGGUAUCUUUGUUUUUUAAUUAUUAUUAACUGAUUAUCAAAAAAUAAUAAAGCAUAAAUAUGGUUAAAAUAAUCUUCCUAUUCUUCAAAGAUCUAGAAUUCACAAAACAUAAUAGUACAUUUUUAUUUCCACAAUACCAUUGAACUGAAGUUCUGGCAGCAUAGGGAAGUUGUUAAAAUCCUUGUUUAGAAUAUAGCAUACAAGAUGUAAGGAGGACUGAUGAAAACAGCCGUUUUCUUAUACAACCAUCUAUAUACCAGUGUACAAGGAAUAGGCCUUCGCCAGUAUCAAAACAGAUCAUAUUCCAGCCAAAGAUGUGCAUUUUAACUACCACUGAUCUCACUGAAAGAUUAAUAAGCAUGUGCUUACUCUCACUGAACUCUACUGGAUAUAAAAAUCCUAACUUUCAACUGGAUCAUACUUCUAAAGUUUGAAUCCUACAUAAAAUUGUGAUGAUGCAAUCCGUAAUUGUUUCACAUCAUUGGUACUAAAAAUUUUAAAUCACUGGCUUCAUGUAUAAUAUCUGUAAAGUUAACUCUGCAUUUGUGCUAUAGAUGUUGUUGAUUUUGUUUUGUAAUUAAAACUUUGGGAAAAAUG